AUGGUCCAUGAGACCAAGGGAUUGGUCCUGUUGCCAAACGAACGUAUCAUAUACUCUUCACCACCACGGACGAGCAUGUCCCUCCGAUCCACCCACCCCGGUCCAGACAAGCAGUCCUUUUCGAAACAGAGCAGCGCUGGCCAUGUUCACCUCACAAACCAAAGAAUCGUCUAUCUCCCAUCUCAGCCAACUGCAGAAUUCCAAUCCUUCUCUGCGCCGCUUCUAAACCUAGCUGACACACACGUUGCCGCGCCAUUCUUCGGGCCUAACGUAUGGAAUGCCAUCAUCCAACCGGUCUCUGGCGGUGGCAUCCCUGCAACGUACGCAGCAAUACAGCUAAAGCUGACCUUCAAGGACGGAGGAGCGUUUGAUUUCCACACAAACUUUGAACAGAUCAAGGAACGACUGCAGCAAGCUGUCGAGCAGGCGAGAGAAAGCGGGCUGAUGUCUGGGGAUGGAGCACAGGUAGGCACCGGCCGUGACGGCGGUGCGUUCGGCGUCGUCGACUUUGCGAACGUGCAUCUGGAGGACCUGCCGGCGUAUGAAGGGCCAGCGGGUAAUAUGUCCGAGCCACCACCGUCAAUACAAUCGACGGAUAGGCCGGCUGUGAGCGAAACCGAGCGUAAUCCAGGCGAUAGAGCGUCAGGACGGCCGUCGUUUGAGACCCCUACGGACCCUCCUCCAGGGUAUGAAGAAGUGCAGCAGCAGAGUGUUGCGAACGAGCUGGAGAACCAGCUCCGUCGCCGUCGUCCAUGA